AUGUUUCUAAUUUUGGCUACUUCAGUGUUACUCUCAUGCGUACCCUUUCUGACUUGCACUACGAAUGCGCCUAGUGGUGUUUGCAUACCUCAAGUCUCAAUUCAACUAGCAGAUUCUGCUCCUGCGUCCAAAUCUGUGCUAUCAACCGUCAGAGAGCUGUUUAAAGUGUUGUCCUACUUCCUGAUGGAUUUUGGAGCUACAACAGCUGAGAUUGACCUCAUCAACACACAGAUCGACGAUUACUACAGAGUCAAUGCCAUUGAAACUUUCAAUGAGGAUACCGUGUAUAGGCUAAACUACUGGGGAUAUUGUCGAUUAGCACCUAGCGAUUAUUCUUACUUCUGUAUGAACAGCUAUGGAUUUGAUCUUUUGGCUGUUCUUAUUAGGGAUGCUGGUGUACAACUUGCUGCUUUAACCGGGACAAACGUUGAGAUAAUGGGUGAUAGCUUCGCUUUAACUUACGAAUUGGCAAUAUCCAGUUUCAAUAAAUUGCUU